AUGGCUACCCCAACAGCCGUCCGCGCAUACCUCGCAGAGCGCUACCCCGAUCCACCACCAGAUCAGUCAUGGGUAAACGAAUGUUUUGCCGCACUCCUCUCCGCUGGACUCGGAGCAAACGCUCCCUCUGUUGAAGAACAAUAUCUCUACGCCGACCUUGGCGCGUGCACCACCCCAUCCCGCACCCUCCCCACAGCCGACGACGUGGCAAGGCACACAACGACGAUUCCCGGCCCGCUCAUCGUCCAGAUCCACAGCGUUAUGGACGUGGGCGUGUCCGCUGUCCACCUCAAGCGCACGCUGGAGGAACGGCGCGACGUGCUCUCCGGCGCCACCCGCAUCCGCCGGAUGGACGACGACGAGGAGGUCAAGGAAGGCAAGGUGCCUCCAUACCAGCGGAGCAUACUCUCGCUCGAGGUUAGCGACGGGCGUACGGUGAUCCGUGCGAUCGAAUAUCGCCGCAUGGAGGGGCUCGCGCUGGCUGACACACCGCUCGGUACCAAGCUCCGUCUGCGCAAGGUCCGCUGCUUGAAGGGCACAUUGCUCCUCACGCCCGACACCUGCGAGGUCCUCGGUGGCGCCGUGGAGGCCCUCGAAGUUGAGCAGGGCGAGAAGUUUGAGGCUGCCCUGGCCUCGCGCAUCGAGAAAGCGCGCAACAAUCCUGUAGCCCCGCCGCGGCCGGCCCAGACUCGCCGCACGCUGCCAAUCCGCACGGCACGCUCGUCUACCGUCGCCGCGUUACCGCCGCCGCGUGACUCAGCACCACCACGCCGCGCCGCUGUCGCUGGAGCAGCUGCAAGGCGCGCUGCUCUUAUGAACCCUCCGAGCGACGUGACGAUCGAUGACAGCUUUGACGCUUACGAGGGCUUCCUUGACGAUAUUGAGCUUGUCGAAGCCGCUGCGCUGAGCCAGCAGCGCUCACAGCCGCAGCGGCGUUCCCAACGCCAACGCCAGCAGCAGGAGGUCGAGAUAAUCGAGAUCUCCGACUAG